AUGGAUUUCGGUUCCCUGGAGACGGUGGUGGCCAACUCGGCCUUCAUCGCCGCCCGCGGCAGCUUCGACGGGACCGGCGGCCCGUCCUCUCGGGACAGGAAGUACCUGGCCAAGCUCAAGCUGCCCCCGCUGUCCAAGUGCGAGGGCCUCCGGGAGAGCCUGGACCUGGCUUUCCCGAGCUUGUGCUCAGAGCAGCCCAUCGGCAAGCGGCUCUUCCAGCAGUUCCUGGGGGCCGACGAGAGGCUCGUUCCGGCUCUGGAGCUCUGGAAGGACAUCGAGGACUAUGACACGGCCGAUGACGACCUCCGGCCUCAGAAGGCCCGGGCCAUCCUGGCCGAGUACCUGGACCCCCAGGCCAAGCUCUUCUGCAGCUUCCUGGACGAGGGUGCGGUGGCGAAGGCCCGGGAGGGGCCCGUGGCGAGCGGGGACGCGCCCUUCCAGCCGCUGCUGCAGGCCACCCUGGCGUACCUGAGCCGGACGCCCUUCCAGGAGUACCUGGACAGCCUCCACUUCCAGAGGUUCCUGCAGUGGAAGUGGCUAGAGGCCCAGCCCAUGGGCGAGGACUGGUUCCUGGACUUCAGGGUCCUGGGGAAAGGGGGCUUCGGGGAGGUGUCCGCCUGCCAGAUGAAGGCCACGGGCAAGCUGUACGCCUGUAAGAAGCUCAGCAAGAAGAGGCUCAAGAAAAGGAAGGGCUACCAGGGUGCUAUGGUCGAGAAGACGAUUCUAGCAAAGGUUCACAGCAGGUUUAUCGUCUCUCUGGCCUAUGCGUUUGAAACCAAAACUGACCUCUGUCUGGUGAUGACUCUCAUGAACGGAGGGGACAUAAGGUACCACAUCUACAACGUGAACGAGGAGAACCCCGGCUUCCAGGAGCCGCGCGCGGUCUUCUACACGGCCCAGAUCAUCAGCGGCCUGGAGCACCUACACCAGAGAGGCAUCGUGUACCGAGACCUCAAGCCGGAGAACGUGCUUCUGGACGAUGACGGAAAUAUCCGCAUUUCUGACCUUGGGCUGGCUGUGGAGCUGAAGGACGGGCAGACCAAGACCAAGGGCUACGCAGGCACCCCAGGGUUCAUGGCCCCUGAGCUCCUGCGGGGCGAAGAGUACGACUUCUCCGUGGACUACUUCGCCCUGGGCGUCACGCUCUAUGAGAUGAUCGCGGCCAGAGGGCCCUUCCGCGCCCGUGGAGAGAAGGUGGAGAACAAGGAGCUCAAGCAGAGGAUCCUGUCUGAGGCCGUCAAGUACCCGGACACGUUCAGCCAGGCCAGCAAGGACUUCUGUGAGGCACUGCUGGAGAAGGACCCCGAGAAGCGCCUGGGUUUCAGAGACGGGACGUGUGACGGGCUCCGCACCAGCCCCCUCUUCAAGGACAUUAAUUGGAGACAGCUCGAGGCUGGGAUGCUGACACCCCCCUUUGUCCCGGACUCCAGGACAGUCUAUGCCAAGAACAUCCAGGAUGUGGGCGCCUUCUCCACCGUCAAGGGUGUGGCCUUCGACAAAGCCGAUGCUGAGUUCUUCCAGGAAUUUGCGACGGGCAGCUGUCCCAUCCCUUGGCAGGAGGAGAUGAUCGAGACGGGCGUGUUUGCGGAGCUGAACGUGUGGCGUUCUGACGGGCAAAUGCCCGACGACAUGAAGGGGGUGACUGCGGAGGGGGCGGCCUCGGCGUCCAAGUCAGGGAUGUGUCUGGUCUCCUAAACGCGCAGGGAGAGGGAGCUCUGCAGCCCGCAGGGGCGGCAACGGCCGCGUGAGCCGCCCAGCACCCACGGCACCGUCGGGAGAGGCUCGGUGUGGACACACGUCCGGCCUGUAAAGAGUCCACUCCCUGCCCAUGUCACUCAGUAAGACUCCGCGGUGGUCCCCAGACGGACUAGACCACGAGGCCUAUCCCAAGGACUCCCGUGGACACGGCAGCCGCCGCGGGCCCACCGCUGGGCAGAGAGCAGCUCGUGCUGAGGACACGCGGCCCGUGUUUCCUGACGCCUCACCGGCAUCUUCCCAGAGCCCAGCCCUCAGUGGGAGGCCUUCUCGGCUCCACUCAGGGGCUGGCAAACUGUGCCCAUGGGCUCCCGAGCGCCAGGGGAGAGGCCCGGGUGGGGGCCUGCUCCUGUCCCCCAGGGCCGGUCACCCUCUGCGUGACGGUGACGCUGGCUUCAGCCAGGUGCUGAACGGUGCAGGC